AGGAAACUAUGGAAAAGUUAUUGCAAGCUUUUCGUUGUUUUUAUUUGGUGGAAGAAAUAGUUUGUGAAGGAGCUACAACAGCGUGUUGCAGUGAAUGGUUCUCUCAUUGUCCUUGGUUUGCAUUGCUAUCCGUAGCUCAUCAGAUGGCAAUCGAUCGUUGUUACCGAGGUUUAUGUGAAGAAUUGAAUCAAUUGGUGAUAUUUUUGGGUCAGAAUUAUUCAUCUGUUCCAUGGACGCUUGAAGAUCUUCAAAAGUUGGUGAAUAGACAGAAACUGCAACUUAUGUUACAAUCUAUCUCGAGAAUGAAUGACAAGACUGGAAUAGAAGCAGAAGAACAAAGCCAUAAAAUGCAACAAUGGGAAUGCUUAUAUCGUUUUCAUGAUCCUAAUCGAUAUACUUGUUUCUUCUUGGAUAUGGCAUUGGAAUGUUAUUUGGAUGAUUUUAUACAUCGACCCAAUCAGACUCUAGUUCAACAAAUAAGAAGGAUUGGUCAAAGAGUAAUAAGAAUGCAUCCUUGGCAUUAUCCCAUUUCAUAUGCUUAUUUGCUUCUCAUGAGUUUUUAUUAUGUUGCUUCACAAAAGUAUCAUAUGCCAUUCUUCUUUUCAUCUAUUCCUUCAAAACCAUCACCCAAGACUUGUGCUGGAGAUGUUAUUCAUUUUCUUAUCCAUUUGCUUCGUAUAUUGAGUCAUCCAGAAAAUAUAUCUAUUGAGUCCAUUCGUUCGUGUUGUAAGGAAGCCAUUGCAUUUAUAGAAGAGACAAGAAAAUAUCGUCUUUGUAGUUUAGGUCAUAUAGAAUAUCUAUUUCGUUGGGUGCGAUGCUUUUAUAACUCCAAUCAAUUGGAGAAUAAUGAACAAGAUGAGGAUUGGAAGUGGUUACAGAAAUAUCGUUUUGCAUACUUUGAACAAGAUUGGCAAAGACUAGAAUGGAUCCUCAUGAAGAAACGACACUGUGAUGCUUGUCGAUGGGAAUGGAAUGAAAUAGGAAAGCAACAUUGGUUUCAAGAAAAGAACCCUUUGGCUGCUAUCAAAGACUGGAAUAUUGCUCUAUCAUUACCUUUGGAAGAACAAUCAAAUGAUAUAUUGAUGAAUUGUUUUCAUUCUAUUCGCAAAGCAUUGCACAUAGAUGAUCAACGAGAAAAAAGUCGAACCUUAUGUUUAUUGGCUUUUCAUGAUUUGUACUAUACGAAGGAAUUGGAAUGGGCUGAAAAACGAUUGAUUCAGGCAACUCAGAAUGAUGCUUUUUAUCAACUCCCUUUUGCGUUGUUGGGAUUCUUAUUUGAAUAUCUAUCUUUGGAUGUCUCUUCUUCUUCAGUUGUUGUAUAUCAAAAUAGGGCUAUCAAGUGCUAUCAAAGAUGUCUUUUAUUAUCUCAUCAACAUCAGUUUGCAAGUUGGAGACUAUUUCGAUUGUAUAGUAAGACACAACAAAUCCAAUUGGCACAACAACUGUUACAGCAAUUGACAUCUGAUGCCUCUUGUAACAUGGCUUGGCCAUAUAUUCUUCUAGGUAGUUUCCAAUUAUCUCUCGGGAAGAAUUGGAGUCUUCCCACCACUCCAUCUAGUUACUUCCAAACAGGAUUAAGAUAUAUGAGAAAGGAUGAAAGGAAAGCAUUUGAUGAAGAUGGCGAUUUAUUCAUCUAUUUGGAGCCAUUAUUACAAGAUACGAUGUCCAUUUUACAGUCUCAAUGUAUGGAAAGUACUGCUUGGUUAGGUCUUUGCGAUGCUUAUGCUGCUGAUGGAAGAUUGUCUGCUGCUUUAGCUAGUUGUACUCGGGGAUUGGCAUCACUAGAAAAGACUUGCCAACAAUCUUUAUGGACACAACCACAAUUGGAAAUGAUUUAUCACCGACAACUUAGUUAUCGUGUCAAAAAGGGACGAUUAUUGGCUUUAUUGAAUCGAUUGGAGGAAGCUGUGGAAGAACUGGAAUCCAUAGCCAACGACCAAAAUGCUUCAUUAUCUUCAUCAUGGAAAUGUACUUUAGGACAAGUGUAUUUCAAACAAGCUGUUUCCCAAUUUGGAUCCAAUGGUCUUUAUCAAAGAGCAUUGAAUACUUUGGACAAGGCUAUUUCUUGUUUCUCUUUGCAAAAUGCUUGGACGGACUUGGCUUUGAUCGACCACUUGGGGAUAGCUUUAUGUACAAAGUUAUAUUUUCAGACAAGGUCUCCUCACAACAUCAUGGACAGUGAAGUGAAACAAAGUAUUCGCAUAAUAGGAAGAUUGUUACAUCGAUAUCCUCAUCAUAUCAACAACUAUAUGUAUUGGGCUUGGAUCAGUUUAUGGUUGGUUCUAUUUCCUCAACAACAUUCAUCUCUUCUCAAUCAUCCUCGUAAUCUAUCUCAAUUAGCUAUCCGUUUGAUACAUAGUUGUAGGCAAUCCCUGCUUCCCAAACAUUUGUUGUUUGUUAGUUUUACAUCUUGUUUAUUAUUGGCCACAAAGGAGGAGAUGAAUUCGACACGAGACCUUUUUCUUUCUACUUUAUCAUUGCUUGGUAAACUACCUGCCAACAAACGUUAUUCUCAUGUACUUGUGUCUCUUUUCUUUGCUGCCUUGUGGUUACCGUUGGAUGAAGCGAUUGCCUACGCAUUCAUACAAGAUGCCUUGAGAAGAGAUCCUUGCAAUGAUACUGCAUGGCUAUUACUUGGGAUGUGGAGAGAAAGAAAAUGGAAUGGUAAGAUGGAACAACUGGAUGCUAUCUUAUCAUGUUAUUUCGAAGCCAUUCGAUUGGCAUCCAAUCCGAUGGCAUUGUCUUGUGCUUGUUCCAUUUUGAGAAAAUUGGCAACACCUCAAUCAAUCAACUUGGCAACUUGAAUUGUUACCGUGGUUUGAAAAAAAGAAU